GGUCCGAACCAAGCUUUUAAACUUCACAGCUUCUGCCAUCACCUUCAACAACCCCAAAUCUCUGUACAAUAUUUUUCUGCAAGUCCCUACCCUUUUGCGUACGAGCCGUUCUUCGUGAAUUGACUUACUACCGCAGCAAUGUCUCCAGUCACUGAGGAUAUUCACCACCUGGUCGCGAAACUCGAGCAACGGGUGAAGGACUUGGAAAGCAGGCUGCACCUGGCUUCCGGCGGAGUGUCGAAGCAAUCCGGUAUCGCCGAUGGCGUCAGGAUGAUCCUGAUGGGACCUCCAGGAGCUGGCAAGGGAACACAAGCACCAAAGAUCAAGAGCAUGUUCUCAUGUUGCCAUUUGGCAACUGGUGAUAUGCUUCGGUCGCAGGUAGCGAAGAAGACCGAGCUCGGCCGUCAAGCCAAGAAGAUCAUGGACGAAGGUGGCCUCGUCAGCGACGAAAUUGUCAUCGGCAUGAUCAAGGACGAGCUCGAGAACAACAAGGAGUGCAAGGGAGGCUUCAUCCUCGACGGCUUCCCAAGAACCGUCGUCCAAGCCGAGCGCCUCGACGAGAUGCUCACCCAGCGCAAGGAGCCCCUAAAAUACGCCGUCGAGCUCCAAAUCGACGACGGGCUCCUCGUCUCCCGCAUCACCGGCCGCCUGGUGCACCCAGCGUCGGGCCGCUCAUACCACAAGAUCUUCAACCCCCCCAAGGAGACCAUGAAGGAUGAUGUGACCGGCGAGCCGCUGAUCCAGCGCUCUGACGACAACGCCGAGGCACUCAAGAAGCGUCUUGUUACCUACCACAAGCAGACCGCGCCGGUGGUCAACUACUACCAGAAGACGGGCAUAUGGAGCGGGAUCGACGCGAGCCAGGAGCCGGGACAGGUGUGGAAGUCGCUGUUGGGCGUCUUCCGCAAUGAGCAGAAGCCAAGUCUUCUGUCCAAGAUUUCGACGGUUGUUUGAACGGGUGUUAGUGCUUGUGGUGGGUUAAGGUUUGGG